AUGAUGUACGAAAAAGGAACUCUCGUUGAUGUAAGGCGUUUGAAAUGCCACAUCAUCGUAGAUGCUCUUAAGGAUAUGGGAUAUGAAGUUUCUUCUGGAAAUUCACUUGCCCCUCUGAUUUGGUGGGACGGAUACAUCCCUCCUGAAGAGUUUUGCACUGUUAAACCAAAUCAAAGAAUUAACAAGAUUCCGCAGAUGGAUGUUUUAUGCUACAAAUCAACACUUUUCCAAGCUUUAAAUCAGAUGCAAACUUUAUUCCCUCAAUAUUAUAAUUUCUUUCCAGAAACAUUCUUACUACCACAUCAGUUUUCCGAUUUUCAGAAAGAACAUACACAUUUGACAGGAAAACUCGGAAGAGGAUUAACAUGGAUAUGGAAGCCACGUGCGGGUUGCUGUGGCAAUGGUAUUAAAUUGAUACAAAAUCCAUAUGCUAUUGUUAAUGAUACUUCUCCAGCGAUUAUUCAACGUUAUAUUUCUCCAUUUUUACUUGAUGGGUACAAAUUUGAUUUUCGUGUAUAUAUCCUUAUCUCUACGCUCGAACCAUUCACAAUGUACGUAUAUAGAGAAGGUCUUGCCAGAUUUUGUACUAAAAAAUAUCAUCCUCCGACAAAAGACAAUAUUAAUGACAAGUUUGAGCAUAUCACCAAUACUGCUAUCAAUGUGGAGAAUACUGAAGCUACAAAUAACUUCACAAGACUACUUAGUGACGUAUUAAAUGAUGUUCGAGCAGCAGAUCCAAAAGCCAGCGAUGUUUGGGACCGUAUUAAGAGAGUAGCCCUUCUUACAAUGCUAUCCUUGUAUCCACAGAUCGUUAGUCAGAUUCCUGCCGCUAAAAAAGAUCCAAAAUCUCCUCAUUGCCAAAUUACUCCAAUGAAAAAGUAUUUUCACAUAUGUGGAAUUGAUAUUCUACUUGAUGAAAAUGCUAACCCCAUUGUUUUGGAGCUAAACGACCGUCCAUCUCUAAAAGUAACAUUUGCAUGUGAAAAAGGACUCAAACACGACCUUAUUUGCGAUGCAAUGAAGAUAGUUACUGUUGAUGGAUCACCUCUAGAGGUCGAAAAUGGUCCAGAAAACGGUUGGGAAAAAGUAUUUCCUGGAGAAUGCGGAAAUCCUUUGACUCCAAUCUUCAGAGCUGUCCAACAACGUUCUCUCAAUGUUUUUGGACCAAAACAGAGAAUAACUACUGUACAUCAGGCAGCUCAAACUAUCAUUUAUCCAAAACCUGUCGCAGAUAAGAACAAAGUGAGGUUUUUGGCUAUACAUCCAACACAUCAGUAA